UGUUUUAUUUUUUGAAAGUAGCUCUCAUCCUAAAAAAGGUUGGAGACCCCUGCCCUAGAGAGAUAGGCAUAUAACUGUCAUGUGUAUUGCUUACGCAGGCCUUAGCUAAUCUUUACUAAUGUCAGAAUACUGCUUUGAACCAGUAUUCUUCCAUCUUGUUGACUGUAACACCCUCUCUUGUAUAUAAGCAUAUCAAGGACUCUACUCUUGGAACUAUUUGUCCCACGAAGCCCUGUGUGUGAUGACUACUUCCAUUCUUGCAAGGAUAAUAAAUAAAAGUAUCCUGAUAUUGAAGACCAAGCCGGUGACGAGUGAUAUUUUUCUAACACAUUUGUAUGAAUCUCGAUAUCCUCUAUAAAGUGUGCAUAUUUUGUUCAGGGAAAUCCACACCACCACAGGGAAGAUAAAGCGAGUGGUGCUCCAGUUCACCCCGGCCAGCUGGACUUAUGUGCGCUGGUUUGACCCAAAGUCCUCCUUUCGAAGGCUGGCAGGCAUCUAUAUCUUUAUGAUCCUCUGGCAGCUGACAGAGUUAAACAUGUUCUUCCUGAAGCACAUAUUCGUCUUCCAGGCGUCUCACGCUUUCAGCUGGUUACGCCUCAUCGUCCUUGGAGCCAUCACUGCACCCACUGUACGACAAUAUUAUGCAUAUAUGACUGACACUGAGUGUAAACGAGUUGGCACCCAAUGCUGGGUGUUUAUUGCCAUCUCUCUCCUCGAGGCUCUUGCUUGUGUUAAAUUUGGUAACGACUUGUUUUCCAAGACACAAGUUCGCUAUGUGCUCCUGUGGCUGGUGAUUCUGGCCUUCAUCACACUUCUAUGUCUAUAUGGGAUGAUGUGGUACGAGCAAAAGAAAAUGAAGAGCCUUUCUGUACAAAGUGAAGACCACGAUGACAGCAGUGUUGACGAGUCGUGCGGUGUCGUCCCAGUUGGCAUAGCAGCUGAGAGAGAUUCAUUGAGUUUACAACCUACAAAACUGAGGGAAGCAUCUGUGAGGAACAGAUUUGUGAAUGAACAUGGAGGAAAGGAACAAUAAACAAGAUCACUUUUACUUCCUCUAUGAAAGGGUGAAGGACGCAACCAACAAGGAGCAUAGAGUAUGCAAAUAAAUGUACUGAAAACAUCUUGUAAAAGUUGCUUCCUAGGGGUAAGAACGCAGACUCCAGAACAAAUUCCCACCAGCGAGCCUUUAUACAAUCGGGUCAAAGGUGAAACACUAAUUACAGCUUAGGCAGCAUUUACAUAUCUUAAUACUUAAGGAAAAGCACGUAAUUGAUCUUGCAUUCGAUGUCAGUUAUUUCAACCAGACUUGAUCAAGUAAAGAAUAUGCACUGGAUUUUGAAUGAAAAAAACGCCUUUUUUUUUUAUUACCAAAAACACUAGAAGGCUAGCAUACACACAUCAUGUUCUACCUAAAAUGACUAAACGUUGUUUGGACACUUUGCCCUGUGGGAAAUGUAAUGUCCAGUCCAGGGAAAUGUUUAUACUAAUGUUUACUAAGAGUUUUGUUUUGCACCUAACCUCUUUAACUAUUUUUUUAACAUGACUGUCUACUCAAUGUAAUGCCUUGCUAGAAAGCUAAAGAGCACAUCGUUUUGUAAGAAAUUUCAUUUGGUGAUGAGUUUUUGUUUAACUUUUUGGAUUUGAUACAUUUGUGUUUUGUAUGUAAUCGUUUCUAAAAUCAACCACAAUUAACACUGAUUUGUAAAACAGUAAAGCAGCGGUAGAUACACUACUGUUUGCUUUUCUGCAAUUAUAUUUAUAUCAGGAGAGAUGUUUUUGUGUACUUUAAAUGAGAAGUAGAACCAAGUGUUACUAGACCAACUGUAGUGUUUUCAAGUUACCCUUUUUAACUCCAAAUGAUGUGAAACUGUGGACAUUAGUGUUUCUUUGUUAUUAGAAGGUGAAGUUCAUGAUAGAUGUGCUAAGAGAAUAAUGUGACAUUUAAUGUAAAAGCACUGUGGUGGUAUGAAAUAGCAGAGGAUACGCACUUGUGAAAUUAUCUUUUCACUGGCUAUCGAUUCUUUUAAUGAUCCAAAUGAAUGUGAUAUUAAUAUCAGAAAGUUAGUGACUAGCUAAUAUAAGUUGUUUUUAAUAUCAUUAAAUUAUGCAAUAAAUUUCAUAUUUGAUAUCAGUGUGUUUUCAAACUU